UUGAGCAGCUGCCGGCAGGGUGUGCUGACGUGGUGGCUCCCCCAAUUCUCACCCUCACACGCCUCGCGCUAGUCAGUUGUCGCGCUGAAGUGCACCAUGGUGCUUGCCGCCCGGCCGGACAGCUAGUCCAGUAGCCCGUCGGUGUCGCAGGACACGUUGUGAUGGGCGAUGGAGGACAGCUCGCCCGACCUGAGCCUCAAGCUGCGGCGGCGAUCUAGCGACUCGCGCGACUCCUUCUACAUGGAUUUCGCUCAAGGCAUCGACUCUGAUAUUGAAGAAGUAAUCUCAGGGGCUGCCGCUCCUCCCCAUGGGGACGGAGAUGACGAGACGUUGCCGCCUCCGCCUGAGGCCACCGAGCCGGAGGAUAUACUGGCUGCCGACGAGGAUACUCAGAGCUGGACGGGUGGUCUGCCCGGUAGCGAGCCCCUGCAGCUCCCGUCUCCCGCUAGUCCAACCCCCGUGAUCGUUAGCCCCGAGUCGCUCUCUCAUCAAUCCUCGCCUGCACGCCGCGCCAAGGAAAAAGGACCGUCGCGACCCGGCUCCAGUCGGCAGGGAAAAUACUCACCUUCAGUCGGCCUUCCGCCGCCGUCUGAGGUGAUGGCGCCAGUGUUGUACCACGGUCACCACUCGUUGUCGAUGCUGAAGAGACCUUCCCGCAUUGAGCAGCUGCAGGUGGACUGGAAGAAACUGGGCACGGACGCCCUGACGUCAACACUAUCGGCUCUGUACGGCAAGUUACUGGUGGUGAUGGGCAUUGCCUUCCCCAUGGCUGAGGUCAUCUCCACCUAUAUCCCGCCCUCCUUCUAUGAGGGCUUCUACUUGUACCUGUACUUUGGCAGUAUGGUGUUCCUGCUUUACAUGUAUGCCAUGUUACUGAGAGAACGGGCUACACUGUCUGUCAACAGCUCCUUGAGGCGAUCGCGAGGCGGGGAUUCGUCAGGCGAGAGUGUGGCAGAUUCUUCAGAGAGCGGCGGUGCGGUCCCUCAACAGCACACGGACACCGAGUUGAGUACCACUGCCACAGAGAGCCGCUACCAUCGAAGCACAGAAGCGGGCGCGCCUGCGCAAAGCAAGCGAGACGCACAUGACGAUCAGGUGUACCAACAGCAGCACUACGGCAGCUUCUAUUUGCGUAUGGGCGCUGUCGCGUUUGGAAUUGGCAGCAUGAUCUACUCGGGUUUGGAGUUCGGGCAGUACUUUGAAGUAGAGCGAGACACCAAGUGCCACAACGUGCUGCUCGCUCUCACACCUGCCACUCGAAUGGCAUUCACCUUCAUACAGAUGUACUUCAUCUUCCUCAACAAUGAGCAGAUGAAGGUGUGGCGGCACCGCGCUCUGGCCCGUUUCGGACUCAUGCACAUGAUUGGCACCAACCUGUCCGUCUGGCUCAACGUGUUAGUGCAGGAGACGAAGCACGAGAUCUUGACGUUCUACGACCCUGAGAACAACACGCUCGGCAUUUCUCACCGCCUCUCACUGAGAAUGCACCCGACACCUAUGCCCUCCGGCGCGGCCGUCGUGACGUCCCAUCCGCAUCACCGCGUGGAGCGGGGCCUCAAAGGACCGCAUCACAUCUACGAGUGCAGACGCACCAAUAUCAUGGGUUCCUUGGUGCAGGAUGCCAGCCCCUUCCUCUUCCCAUGCACCAUCGAGUAUUCACUCAUCUGCGCCGCCAUUCUCUACGUCAUGUGGAAAAACAUCUGCCGAACGUCGACAGCGCAGGGCGCGUCUGGGUCACGCGUGGGUCGCCAGGGUCUUCCUCCACAGGCUGCCUACAAGAGGCACCCUCACCAUUACUCAGUGGACUGCGCACGCGCACAUAAAGGCCUGUUUGUAGGAAUCCUGGUACUCGUGCUCACCAUCAUCUCGCUUAUACUGUUCUUCGUCCUCAUCUCGCGUACCGAGUUUAGGAGCCUGGCGGUAAUGGAGGUCAACAUCUGCGAACUCACACUCUACACCAUGACCACCAUAGCAACUCUCGUCGGCAUGCUCCAGGUACGCCAGCUCAAGUACGACGGAGGCCGGAACUUGGAACUGGACAACAUUCUGCUGAUCGGAGCUCAGACUGGCAUGUUCAUCUACAGCACAUUCACGAUCAUCGGUGGCCACUUCACGAUCGAGAAGAACACAGUGCUCGUGCUCAUCACGGCGCUGGCGUCUCUCCUGCAAACGACAUGUCAGACAAUGUUCGUGUUGGACGCGUCCCGACGCUCAUGCGUGACGCCCGAGCAGAUCCGUCGGAAGCCGGGGAGGGAGCUCGUUACAUUCCUGCUGGUGACCAACCUUGCUAUGUGGGCCAUCAACACCCUGGAGAAGUCGCGCGCGGAAUCUCACCCCAUUCAGCUACACUUCUAUGGGCUGUGGGCCUGGACCAUCAUCACGCACGUGUCCAUGCCGCUGGCCAUCUUUUACAGGUUCCACUCGACAGUCUGUUUGUGCGAGAUCUGGAAGCGCGCCUACAAGAUGAAGCCGACCUACAUGUAGAGAAGCUGGAUGGAGUAGCACCCCUUUCAGCAGACCAGUGGGACGCUAGGGCGCCCUGCAGCUGAGAGGUUCCCUUAACAUCCACCUUGCGCGCAACACUAGAACUGUUCUAACGUUUUCACUGCCAAACCCGAAUAUUCUCGUUGCUCAUUAUCGCGAAGACUAAGACGAGUCUAUAUGAUUUACCGCCGUAAUCGCAGAAAAAUAUUAAAUGAAACAGAAGGAUAUGUAAGCCUUAACGCUUCUAAGGUCUUCGCCCGAGUAAUGCAAAGUUGUUGAAGCUUGGCCACUGAUCGGCUUAUCCUACGGUUUUUAUCUUAGCCUGCUUCUGUCCAUACCGUCAUGCAGCAGAGCGUCAUGUGAUUUUAACCUGAUGGCCAUGUCGGCACUCUUAGCCACUAGAAAAUAUUGCUUUGUGCGGUCCUUACAUCUAAACGUAGAUAUUCUUAGCUGCCCCGAAGAGUGUUGGAGGUUUUAUUUUCACAGUAAACAACCUAAUAUUUCGGUAUGGCCUAACUUAAUCCGUGGUAAGACAUUCUAAAUCCAGCGCGGAAUUAGGUAGGUCCUUUGUGCUCCACGUCCAAUGGGGAGUCUUGCUAGUAUAUGUUUUGCAGUUAUGUUUUAUCAGGCUUUCUUCAUCUACCGCUGGUGAUGUAACCAGGGUAACAAGCACAGACUGUGCCUCUUCGUAAGAGAGAAUUUGGGCCUCUCCAUAGCUCAAGUGGUUAGUCGCUGGCUUCCCACCGCGGCAGCGGCCCGGGUUCGAUCCCGGGUCUGGU